AUGGAAAAUUAUCGACCGAUCGAAAACACUUCAGCGUACUAUGAAAAGCUUGGCAUUCUCCAAACUAGAUGCGCGUCCCUCUUGGGCGAUCACGAGGAGCCAGCCACCACAUGGACUCUGGGGGAGCCUGCUCCGCCAACGCCACCCAGGUGCGAGGUGACUUCAAGAUAUACAUCGCAAUGGCAAGAUUGGCCUCUGGUACGCGGCUUGUGGGACCCAGAGGAACUGGGUUGGCCUCCGGCAGGGGUCCGCCUGACAGAUGCCUGGGUCUAUCUGGCCAUUAAGUACCUAACCGCACACGACCGCUAUCGCAAGUACUAUGCUGACUUUAAUUUUGAAGGGAUAAUCCGGCCCUGGCGCGUUCCUAUUGGGGAGACCAUUAUGGUCUCUGCCCACGGCCUAUUGACAUACCCGGUCUAUAUGGGCUGGUACGUCCUUUGCGGCAGUGGUGGUCGUAGUCACCAGGCCUGGCAGCUGUGUGAUUUUAGAGACAUCAGACGUGGCGGCGUCUGGCCUAUCAGCACGCUGACUCACGGUCUUGUCUUCCCGUCCCUAAAUCUAACAUUCCCACAUAUUGAAGAACUGAAGCGGCAUACGCCGCACGGAUGGAUGAGCACUAGACGACACUAUCGGCGACAUAUGGGGUUUUGGGUAACUUGUUUGAAUGACACAGUAAUCGUUUACACUAGAAAUCCCCAGGGCUACGCAGGUAUCGAGAUCAAACCAUUCAACGACCUCAACCCACGCGCGACUUGUACUGAUGAUCCAGGAUCGGAUUUAAUCCGCAUCAGGCCGGGUGCACUGCCGUUUCCGUUGUCCAUGAUGCCUUGA